AGCGGAAUGUCCGUGGAUGAGAAGCCUGAAGCCCCCAUGUACGUGUAUGAGUCGACGGUUCAUUGUACCAAUAUCCUCCUGUGCCUGAACGACCAGCGGAAGCAGGAUAUCCUGUGCGAUGUGACUGUCCUGGUGGAGGGCAAGGAGUUCCGCGGCCACAGGGCCGUGCUGGCCGCCUGCUCAGAGUACUUCUCGCAGGCUCUGGUUCGACAGGCCGAGAAUGGCUUGUUCCUCAGCCUACCUGGAGAGGUCACUGCCAGGGGAUUCGCACCAUUGUUGCAGUUUGCCUACACUGCUAAGCUGUUACUCAGCAGAGAAAACAUCCAGGAGGUCAUCCGCUGUGCCGAAUUCCUGCGCAUGCACAACCUGGAGGACUCGUGCUUUCGCUUCCUGGAGGCCCAGCUCCGCAGCGAGGAGGACGGCCUGCUGCUGUGCCGCAAGGUGGCGCCGGCCGAGGGGAACCACGAGCCCGAGGACGAGAGCAUGCAGUCUGAGACGACAACAAAGGUUGCCUCCCCCCGGGUCCGGCGGCGCGCUGAAUGCUUGGCCUCCUUGCGGCAAGCACCAGACGCGGACCAGCUAGCCAUGGCGGUGCCCAGCGACUUCGCAGAUGGACGGCUGGACUUCGACAGGCACGGAUCGUCGGACCUCCCUCGCUGCCCCAAAUACAGGAAGUACCAGUGGGCCUGCAACAAGCACAAUAACGACACUUCCUCACACACCAGUACCUCAGGUUUUCCAAGCACAUUAUUAUUUAAGCAGACCAGCGGUGGCAUCAGCGACGGGGCGGUCCGGGACCAGAGUAGGCCGCCGGUGGCUCAAAUCAAAGUGGAGCCUCGGGCAGAGGAAGAGGCCAUCUCGCUGUGCUUGUCAGGGGACGAGCAGGAUGGCCAUGACAAGGACGAUGUGACAGCCAUGGAAUUGGACAGUGUCCCAGUGGUAUCCCCCUCUUCCGUCAAGAGGAGCAAGUCCCCCACCUGCCUCCGCGCCUUCUUCAAGAAAGGAACGGACCUGCCAGGUCUGCCCAACGUGUCACAACAGCUAUUCGCCAACAGACUCGCCAGCGUCUGCCCCGAAGACAAAGAAACCACUCAGGGAGAUCACAAAACAAAAGAUUUCAGGCCUUUCACUGCAGUGGAGCUGGGCCUGUCUGUUACAUCCCCAAAGGUAGUGGACGGCUUCCCUCCGAUGCUGUCGUCGCUGAAGUCCGCCUCCUGCGACGGCGUUUGCAAACAGGAAGUGGAGCUGGACCGCCGCAGUGUCAUCUUUUCCUCCCCAGGGGCCUGCGACCGUCUGGGCACCCCUGCGCAUUCCUACCCUGGUGGGAACUCUUUGGAGAUGGAGCUCUCAGAGCACACGCCAAAGAGUCUGUGGGCUGGUGCCAGCCAGUCCCUCCCCACCUCACAGACCUACUCUCCCAGCAGCGCCCCCACCCUCGCUUCCACCACCACAGAGCCCCCGCCGCUCCUCUGCCACCCGCGGCCCAACACCAGCUGCCCAGUACCAAUCAAGGUGUGCACGCGCUCGCCGCCCUCCGAGACCCGCACGCGGACCUCCAGCUCCUGCUCCUCCUACUCCUACGCGGAGGACGGGAGCGGUGGCUCACCCUGCAGCCUGCCCCAGUUUGAGUUCUCCUCCUCGCCGUGCUCCAACGUGGCGAUCCGCCUCGCCACCGACCAGCAGGACCAGGGAGUGAUAGGGGGAGAUGCCCUCUUCAACCAAGUGCGCCCCAAGAUCAAGUGCGAGCAGUCGUACGGCACCAACUCCAGCGACGAGUCGGGAUCCUUCUCCGAGGGUGACAGCGAGUCGUGCCGAGUCGAGCAAGGGCCAGAGGUUAAGCUUCCUUUCCCUGUCGAUCAAAUCACAAAUCUUCCACGGAACGACUUCCAACUGAUGGUCAAAAUGCACAAACUGACCUCAGAGCAGCUGGAGUUCAUCCACGACGUCCGGCGGCGGAGUAAGAACCGCAUCGCAGCGCAGCGCUGCCGCAAGAGGAAGCUGGACUGCAUCAUGAACCUGGAGUGUGAGAUCAGAAAACUGGUGAACGAGAAGGACAAGCUGCUGACGGAGAGGAACCAGCUGAAGGAGUGUAUGGGUGAGCUGUGGGAGAACUUCUCCUGUCUGUCCCAGGAAGUGUGCAGGGACGUGCAGCUGAGCCCCGAGCAGGUCCAGUCCCUGAACCACUACUGCCCGGUCCUGAAGCCUGGCACCAACACCACCAGCAAUGCUGCCUCCAACAGCAUUGACCUCACCACCCACUCCGGCUCAGCCACCCCGGAGCCCAGCUUCCUCAAGUCCCCCGGGCCCUCAGAGAGCGAGCCUGACUCGGUCAUGGGGAAUGGGGCUGACGGGGGGGCGGCCAGCAACGAGGCGGAAGGCCAGGAGACGAGGUUAUACAUGGAGGCGGGGCUCUCGUUCAAUGAACAGUCCAAUCAGACAGUGACGGUAGACUUCUGCCAGGAAAUGACUGAUAAAUGUACAACUGAUGAACAGCCAAGAAAGGAUUGUACUUAGUAAACGGUGGUUUUAAUAUCUGUGUUUUUAUUAUUUAAUUUUUUGUUUUGAUUUUCUUCUGACAAGCCCCUUUCUCGGGGUUGUUGAGAUGGUCAGCCUCGGCCAGUGUUCUUUGAAAAUAUUUUUUGUUUGUAUGUCUUUUUGGUUGUCUUUUUAAAGGUUGACACUACAGUUGUCUUAAGAGCAGCAAUACUGUUCUCCAGGUAUUCUCCUCUCUGUAACCAUGACAGAGUGGGAACUUCUCACACAAAACUCCUCUUACAAUGGUGCUACACCGUGUUCGGGCAGGCAGCGAUCUCCACAGUGUUCUUUAUCCAUGUAUUACAGUCUACUCACAGGGAUGGGCAAAGAUCACAUCUUCAAUUCAAACCUCAAUGGACCUAACAGCAGCUCGCUUUGUCUCUCGAUCAACCUACAGUUUCUAUCUCCCUGUCUCUCCUCUCUCUAUUUCUCUCACUCUCCCUUUCUAUGUCUCUCUCCCAAUCGCUCUCCUACUCCGUCUAUUUUCUAUCAAUCUAUUUCUACCUCUUAACACUUUCGCUCUCUGUAUUACCUCUCUCUCUCGCUUAUUCUCUCACUCUCUCUCGGUGGCCCUUGUCACAGCAAUUCAAACUCAGGAAGAAAUCUUCUGAAUGUUCGAUAUGAUUCAUGAAAAUAAGAA